CUCGCUUGCGCACGACACAUCACUGUUACGAGUCAAACGGCGCUUGUUGACGGAUGUAAACCUUUGUUUAGCGAAAACGGAUUAUCGACAUGACUGCGUGCGUCGACCGUAGCUAGCUGACCUGUUUACACCUUUACAUUGUGCUGCGGUGACUGCUGUUCCGUGUUCUCAGACCAGAGGGAUGAUUGGAACGCUGGUGAACAUCCGGAGAGGAGGCCGCUCUCCGCCUUUGAUCAUGGUCGCCCUCGUCGCUUGCAUCCUCCUGUUCGGCUUCAACUACUGGAUUUCCAGCUCCAGAAAUGUGGAGCUACAGACUAAGCUGAUGGACCUGGAGGAAGCCGUGAGGCGGGUGUCGGCCGAGAGGGCACGGGAGCAUGCGGGCCGCACCGAGGCGGAGGGACAAGUGCGAAAACGGACAGAACAACUGGCUCUGCUGGAGGGAGCUCACCAGAGACGGCAGCAGAGCGCCCUGAACAUGUGGAACCAAGAGAAGGAGACUCUACUGCUCAACAUCUCUUCCAACGCUAAAACUGUUCAGGAUAUGAAAAACCAGAUGAAGAGUCUGCGUGAAGACCUCAGUAGUGUGCAUAAGGCGCUGCAGUCAUGCCAGAACAACAUGAACACACUGAAUAAGAAGCUCACCUACGACAUGACUCAGUGUAACACCCAGAUAUUAGCACAGAAGGAAGAGUGUAAUGAAAAGGUUGCAGCAGCUAAACUGGAGGUGGAGAAGAAAUACAAGCAGCAAAAUGCAGCUCCACCUGUUGUUCAGGCUUCCUCUGACUCCACUCAGAAAGCAGUCGCCUCUAAACCCGUGUCAGAAGCUCUCGGUGGAAAAGACUUGACGAAAAAAUCCGGAGAGCCUCAGAAGGAGGAACCAGCUCCAGAAACAAAGACCAAAACUGAGGAGCACCUUGAAACCAAUGAGAUCCCACAAGCUGUUAAAACGCUGAAUGAUUCACACUCGCCAUCCACCCCGGUACUGUCCAAUGGCAACAAAACCCUGAAUAGCCUGACCAAUAAAAUGGAAGAAAUGAUGGACAGUAAAGGAGGAGACUUGAAGGAUGCAGACGCUGCAGCAGUCAAUAAAAUGAAGGAAGAAGACGCCAUCGAAUAUGACAACGAAGGCGAGAUUGAGAAACAGCUGUCUAAAUUUAAAGACGAAAAAUCGAUGCAGGAGUUCGAGGAGGAGCUGGCCGACUACAACGGCGACGACGAGAACGAACCAGAAUUCGAAGCUGACAAACAAGCAGAGCUCGCUGAGGUCUAAUACAUGUGCACACACACACACACACACACAUUUACACACAGAAAGAGAGGCUCACACUCGUGCCUGGUGAUGGAGGUCAUUAACCCUCCAUUCAGUUCCUGCUGGGCUACAAGAUCCUUGGAUCGCUUAACUGCCGUCUGUACGAUGGCAAACAGGCACAGAAUUGACAUCGUCCAGUUCUGCUGGCGUUUCUCCUCACAUCUGCUGAGGCUCUUACUUGCAGAUGCACAUGAAGAUUUUUCAACAUAUCACAAAUAUCCCCAUGUUCAAGAGGGUCUUAUAUAGCUGAGGUCUUUUAUUAUUUUAUUCAUGACAUUACACUGAAUGCAGACUUGUGGAAGUUUCACUCCGUCAAAUCUCUUUCUCAAACCGCUCACACGGGGUAGAUGUAGCAUACAAGAACCGCUGCCAAGUAAAACUUUUGUACUCAAAGACUGCUGGAAAUAGGGAACACAAAAUAAACACAACAAACGAGAACACUUUCAAAGUGUAAAAAUUCGAAACUUUAAAAAUCACUGGUUUCUAUGCAAACGGUUGUCACAAGCUAAGCAAGGACGUAUUCGUGUUUAUGUUAAUGCACUACACACGUAUUGAUAACGGACAUAUUGGACUGCAGAGUGUAUAGUAUGAAAAUGCUGUGCAUUGUGUGCAUCUAUAUUGCUAGCUAGAGUAUGUAAGAAAUUAAAAAAAGACAUGCUAAAUGAAUUUUUUUUUUUACCACAUAAUGCCAUAGAAAUCUGGCAACAAUUGUUAUAAUUAAAACAUUUUUAGCAAUUAAAAAAAACCCUUUUUAUCCACAUGUAGAACACUGGAUAUGUUAUAGCAGCUAAACCGCCACAUCUCCAUUGUGUUAAACAUCUUAAAGUGUAAAUAUGUCCUUUCUAAUAUAUUUAGGACAAAACAAAUGUUUUUACAAAGUUGUUUUGUAUAGAAAUCCACUUAGAAUUUUUUUUAAAUGAUAUUUUAGUUACCGCUCAGUCCAGAGGAGAAGAGGUUUGAUGGAUGAAAACUCCCAUAAGCGAAGUGCAGAUCUUUCUGGAAUUCAUGCUAAUCUGAAUGUAUGUACAUCUGAUCAAAGAAUGACCUUUAACUUAUUCUUAUUUUGCUCAAAUCGGUAACAAUUGUGUUGAUCGUAUGCUUGUUUAGGAAUCUUUUAGAAUCAGAAGUUGAACUGUAUUUAGAGCCAGAUUUUAUAUCAGGGACGUUCUGUUGCGUUUUUAUGUUCUGAUUAAUAAUUGUCAAUAAAAAUCUAAUACCCAAUAA